AGCCUGAUAGCCUAUGUCUUUUCAUUUCUUGCUUUAUGCUAUCUGACAGCUAAAGCUACGUUUUACGACCAAAAGCACGAUGGUCUCCUUUACUCUCCUUCCAAGCACACUUAUCGCUUUAUUACUAGCCCUGCCAGCAUUCUCUGCACCGACGACACCCAAUGACCCAUUCCACGCCAUUGCAAUCCUUGCCCCCCGCCAACCAGAGCCUCCAGUGUGCUGUCUGAAGCCUCUGCAGACAUUGGAGCCAGUCGAGGACGACGUUCUGCUCUCGUUCGAGGAAUGGAAGACUAAGCAGUUUCAGAUGCAGCAGGCGCAGGCACGGGCAGACACUGCGAACCGGUCGGCGGCGCACUCGUCUGCGCACAGUGCUGCUCGUGCAGACGCGCAACGACGAGGAGAGAAGGCGCCGUCGGACGACGGUGCCGCUGUCUUAGCGUCGUCGUCCUCACCGUCCUCGUCGGGUGCAACGGUGCCAGAGCAUGGUCAGGCAUCAUAUCACCCCGACGACCUCCUACCACCUCACUUCCGCGUGCCCCUCACCGACAGAUUCAACUAUGCCAACCUCGACUGCUCAGCACGCGUGCACACCGCGCACCGCAGCGCAAAGUCUCCGUCCUCGAUCCUGUCGUCGAAGAAGGACAGGUAUAUGCUGAGUCCGUGUGCGGCAUCUGCGAGGAAGAAGGAGAAGCAGUUUGUGGUGGUAGAGUUGUGUGAGGAUAUACGGAUUGAUACGGUGCAGCUUGCGAAUUUUGAGUUUUUCAGUGGGGUGUUCAAGGAUUUUAGUGUUAGCGUCGCAAAGACGUAUACCACAAAUGACGAUGGGUGGACAUUGGCGGGGACGUAUAAGGCGAAGAACGUCCGGGGCGUUCAGUCCUUCCAUCCACCCACUUCUCUACGUGAUUUCUAUCGGUACAUUCGCAUUGAUUUCCACUCGCAUUAUAGUAACGAGUACUACUGCCCUGUUUCUCUCCUUCGGGUGUAUGGUCUCACUCACCUCGAGGAGUGGAAAUGGGACAGGUGGGAAGCGGAGAGCAGAGCCAAGCUUGAGGAAUCUAUUCUGGCCUCUACGCCCGUCGAAGUAGUCGAAGCGCCGGUACCGACAGAAAAACCUACGAUGGAUACCCCAGAGCCCGUUACUAGUGUGCCUAUCCAUACCAUAGUCCACCCCUCUCCCUCUACGCAAGUUGAGCGGGAAGAACUAGACAACUUCAUGGAUACUCUUGAAUCGCGAGAGGUCGCGCAGGGUGAUUCUGUCAAGCCAGAACCUCCUUCGGCCCCACACGCUUCUGACGACGGCAUCGCAUACGACGGGGGAAAGCAACACUCGCACUCGCACUCACACUCUUCCACCUCUUCCGUCGCGCGGAAGAUUAACAGUUCGACGACGAACAUCGUGGGUCACGGAAAACCCUCGACCGCCUCUCCCGUCGCGACAGAUUCAGCGGACGUCCCUCCUCUCCCCGAGACGUCCGUCCUCGCCUCGUUAAAUGCCGAUAUCCAACAAGUCCAUGCAAGCCAUGGCCACGAGACGGCAGAGCACCGCCCAUCAUCAUCAUCUUCACUCCCUUCGCCAGAUUCGAUCGCGAACACUCUAACGCACGCAUCCGUCAUACUCUCCUCUGUGUCUUCCUCUUCAAUAACAUCCGUGGAGAUAUCGCCGCCGCUGGCGACUCAGUCGCUUGACGGAGGAGGGUCGUCAUCGGGUGUUAGAGUCGUUUCGUCCGGGAGCGGUGCGAUCCACGAUAAUACCUCUUCCUCUCCCCACACCUCUAUCUCUUCCUCCGUCCCUCCCCCUCCGUCCUCACAUGUUCUCCCCCCCAUCUCACCCCCGCCGAUGACGACAGGCGGCGGAGAAUCGAUCUAUAGGACGAUCAUGAACCGCCUCACAGCUCUGGAAGCUAAUCAUACUCUUUACGCGUUGUAUGUCGAAGAGCAGACUACGGGGGUGAGGGAGAUGUUGCGAAGACUUGGGGAAGAUGUGGGGCGGUUGGAGGGGUUGGGAAAAAUGCAAGCUCAGAUGUAUCAGCGCACCGUUCAUGAAUGGGAGAGGCAAAGGCGGAGACUGGAGAUUGAACAUGGGGAGCUCAUGUCCCGCGUCAACUACCUCGCAGACGAGGUCAUACUCGAAAAACGCCUCGGCAUCGCCCAACUCUGCCUCCUUCUCGCCGUCCUCAUCUUCAUGGGUCUUACCCGGGGCUCUCGCGGCGAGCCUUUCAUCUUAGACCAUGGGCCUGCGCUCUUGAACAGGUCGGUGAGGGAGUGGGGAAGGGGGAAGUUUGCGUUGAAUUUGGGUGGAUUCAAAAGUCGGAGUCCAACGCCCCGAGGUCCAGAGCCUGGAAGGGUGAAGCGUGAAGAGGCGACAGCGUCGAUGUCGACGGCGAAGUUGGGAGACGUACUCGUCGAUAAGGGAUCUACGCCCAAAGGCAGGAAACGUUCCAGGACGCCAUCCUCUCUCCACACCCCAACAAGGCUACACCACCAUCGUCCAUGGACACCCACCGGAGGUGGAGGGGGCACACACACGCACAUUCGUCCACGCAUUACGCGCACAAACUCGCACGGCGCGUCGUCGCUCGGGAUUGUUGGGGGACCUGGUGGGUCUGGUGGGCUUGGGCAUGUGGCACCGCGCUCAGCGAAGCGGUGGGCGAGGACGGCGCAUUUGCAUGAGGUAAAGAUGGAUAGGGAUAAGGGGAAGAAUGCUGAGGGUGUUGGGAGGUAUGUUGGGGAGAAUGUACGUGAGGAUGGGGGGAUGGGUGGUGUCUUUCUGGGCGCUGGCGGUACGGAGAACCAACCACACCCUCACCACCAUCAUCAUCAAGUGAAAAAAGUCGAAUUGGGACUGGAUACUGGGAAGAUGGUGAGGGGCAAGGCAAAGCCUCCGCGUAUCGUAACAGAGGACCUGAGGAGGCCUCUGUCGCCUGUUGACCUGACGAGACGAAGGGUUGUAGAGACUGGUGCGCGUGCGGGUGUGGAGGAGGGUAUGGGUGAUGAUGGGUGGGUUGAUACGGAUAUGGAAGGAUCGGAUAUGGAUCUGGGUGGUGUUGGAGGUUGAUGAAACGUUGAUGAUGAAGAAGAAAGGAAAAGAAAGAAAGGCGGUGUUUGGUUUUCGCGUGCGAGUGCGAGUGCAUGGUGGAUGUGGAUGUGGAUGUGGAUAUCAUGAUCAGAAGCUUUGUUCUCGACAUGCAUUGGAAGUUUGGAACGCAUUUAUUUUUCUUGUGCCUCUCGCACUGCAUCUAUUCCUGCAGCUCUCAUUUUUUCAUUUGUCAUUUUGUCAUUAGCACUUUCACGUUCAUAUACCUGUACAUCUAAUCAUAUCGUGAUAACAAGCGUGAUAUCCAAAAAUUCAUUUU